AUGACCAAUGAACCCGAAAGUACUAUCAACACGGAAAUCCUUAUGAUGCCUGAAGGAUCUGUGGGGGCCACACGACGCCAAUUCUGCAAACCUGUAGUGUGUGGCAUUCAAGUUGAAUGCAUGGCCAAUGGUUUGGAGUUGUCAUUAAUGUGCGAUUUACGAGUUAUGGAACAGUCUGCAGUGUUGAGUUUUUUUAAUCAUCGAUACGGCUUACCUGUAAUAGAUGAUGGUACUGCCCGUCUUCCAGCUAGGAUUGGGCUAUCGCGUUCUCUUGAUUUAAUUCUGACUGGACGGGAAGUACGUGCUGAGGAAGCUUAUAUAAUAGGUAUGGCGAACCGUGUAGUUCCGCCACGUGACGAUAUGAACGACGCUUUAGAAUUAGAAAAAAUUUUCGUUUCCAACAGCUUUCAACAAGCCAUGCAGGACGAGACUAUGCACACCUCUAAAAUUGCAAGUAAUGAAAUGCAUAGAGGCUUCAAGUGGUUUAAUAAAACUUUUAAAGACGAUAACACAGUUAGUUAG